UGACGCGACCCGCGGCACAAGGUUGGCUCGGCUCCCUCCCCUCGCCCGUAUAUAAAAUAGACAAGACGCGCAUCACCGCCAGAAACACUCUCCAUCCCCGUCUCUGGCCGUUGCCUUCUCCGUCCCCGGCGAGCUCACCGCGAAUCGGAUCCGCGGACCAGGCGAGAGGGAAGAGAUGGGGCUCACGUUCACGAAGCUGUUCAGCCGGCUGUUCGCCAAGAAGGAGAUGAGGAUCCUCAUGGUGGGGCUCGACGCCGCCGGAAAGACCACCAUCCUCUACAAGCUCAAACUCGGCGAGAUCGUGACCACCAUCCCCACCAUCGGAUUCAAUGUUGAAACCGUGGAGUACAAGAACAUCAGCUUCACUGUCUGGGAUGUUGGGGGUCAGGACAAGAUCAGGCCUCUGUGGAGGCAUUACUUCCAGAACACGCAGGGUCUCAUCUUUGUUGUGGACAGUAACGAUAGGGACCGUGUUGUUGAAGCGAGGGACGAGCUCCACAGAAUGCUGAAUGAGGAUGAGUUACGUGAAGCUGUGUUGCUUGUGUUUGCUAACAAGCAAGAUCUUCCAAAUGCCAUGAAUGCUGCUGAGAUUACUGAUAAGCUUGGACUGCACUCACUUCGUCAGCGUCACUGGUACAUUCAAAGCACCUGUGCUACAACUGGUGAGGGAUUGUAUGAAGGCCUGGACUGGCUGUCCAGCAACAUUGCCAGCAAGUCCUAAAUUUUCACGAGAUUUGGAUCAGCUAAGAGCUUUUGGAUGAUGAUGUUGUUGGGUAUAUUUAGGGAUGUUUUGUCAUUCCAGUAUGUAAGAUGUAUUUCCUGAGCUCAAUAGUUAUUGAGCUUUGGUUAAGAUUUCACAGUUGAAUUGUUUCUGUGAUUUAAGCCUUGUGAUGUUUCUGAACUAAACAGCUAAAGAGAGUUCCGUUGAAUUAAUCAGCUGGGGAAUGCGUGCCAGUAUUCAGUAUCA